AUGGCGGACGCUGCUCGUGGAAUCCUCCAGUCGUUCAGACAAACCAAGAAUUUGUACUUGAACCCUCAUGAACACUUUGGUAAUUUUGUUUUUUCGUUACUAUAUCUUUUGCAGGCCGUCAGAACAUUUGCCGCGCCGCCCUUCUGACCUAUGUCGGUAUCUUCUUCGCCUUCAAGUGGAACAGCAACCGUAAGGCCCGCAAACUUGAAGCCGAGAAACACCGUGAGAAGCAGAAUGUUCUCAAUGACGCCUUGGCCCGCGCCGGUCUCUCCUAG